AUGAUUGUGAAGAAUAAGGUCAAGCUUAAGGAUAAGCGGGUGGCGUUGACCGUCGUCCCUCAAGACGCUGAGGACUUGUGGUAUAUUUAUAAUUUGGUGGCCAAAGGCGAUACCGUGGUGGCGCUGACUCAUCGCAUGGUCAAGAAAGGCGACAAGGGUAAGGCUAAAGUGGAGAAGAUGGCGUUAACUUUGAAACUUCAGGUGGAAGAUGUCGACUACGUGUCCAGUGCUGAUGAUAUGCGGAUCCUGGGUAAGCUGAUUGAGCCCAAUGAAAACGUGCCAUUGAACUCGUACCACACCAUCGAUGUCGAAUUGGGGGCUAAUCUCACCAUUAUCAAGGAUAGCUGGGACGAAUACGAUAUGACUAUUUUAAACGACUUGUCUAACAUCGAAAGCAAAGCUGAUGUUGGUGCGGUGGUGCUUCAGGAAGGUGUGGCGCACAUUUGUUUUAUUACCGAUAGUAUGACGGUGCUUAAGGCGAAAGUGGAGAAGUCAAUCCCGCGAAAAUCCACUCAGUACGGCAGCAAAGACCACGACCAGGCGGUGGAUAAGUUCUUGACGAACACCUUACAAACGAUGUUGAGACAUUUUGACUUUGACCGGCUUAAAGUCAUCAUGUUCGUGUCCCCCGGGUUUGUGGCGAAGCUGUUGUACGAUAAACUCUUCACUUCGGCUCAGGCAGGAGUGCUGCUGGGAGGUCCCGAGAAGAAGAUGUUUGAACUGGUGCUCAAAAACAAGAGUAAAGUGAUCAUCGCCCACUCGUCCACCGGUUACUUACAGGGUUUAGAAGAAGCACUUACUGAUCCUGCUGUCAAGAAGCAAUUGGCUGAAACCAAGUUUGCCGCUGAGCUGGAUGUGUUACACCAAUUUGAAACGGCACUUAACGACGAUGAUGGUCGUGCGUGGUACGGCAGGGCCGAAGUGGAGAAGGCGCUUGACAUCGACGCUGUGCGGUACCUUAUGGUCUCUGAUAGUUUAUUCCGAAGCGAUGACAUUCAAGAACGGCGCCAUUACAUUGAUCUCACCGAGCGGGCGAAAGCGUUGGGGGCGGAAGUGCUUAUCUUCUCCAGUUUACACGAUCUGGGGGUCCAGCUCAAUCAAUUGACGGGAAUUGCGGCGUUGCUUAAAUACCCGGUACCUGACCUUGACGACGACUUGGAAGAAGAUGACGACGAUGAUGAGUGA